AUGGUCGGUCCACGAACUGGGGGUUGGACCGCUCCGAGCGAAACAGAGCAAAAGAGUUUUUAAAUGUCCGCCAUGUUGUCCAUGGCGCACUGAACCACCGAUAGGGAGCGGAGCGUCGGAAAAAAACAGUCCGAGAGAGAGCGACCGAGAUCCGGGCCUUCCCCCAGCUCUGCUGGCGACGCCCUAAAUCCAAGCUAGAACCUUCCGAACGUUAGAGACUAACCGCACAGAAACAUCCAUGAAAGCUCCACUCGGUGCCGUUGUGAAUAUUAGGAGAUCGGAUAGAUUUAUAUUGCUUCUGGAAUUGUGAAAAAAUGAGUAAAUUGUCGUUUCGGGCACGGGCGCUGGACGCUUCCAAGCCACUACCCGUCUUCCGUUGUGAGGAUUUACCCGACCUACACGAAUAUGCAUCCAUUAACCGGGCUGUGCCGCAGAUGCCGACGGGGAUGGAGAAAGAAGAGGAAUCGGAACACCAUCUCCAACGUGCCAUCUCGGCGCAGCAGGUCUACGGUGAGAAGCGGGACAACAUGGUCAUCCCGGUCCCUGAAGCAGAGAGCAACAUCACCUACUACGACUCCCUCUACCCCGGAGACUACAAGAUGCCAAAGCAGCUCAUUCACAUACAGCCUUUCAGCUUGGACACAGAGCAGCCAGACUACGACCUGGACUUAGAUGAUGAGGCCUUUGUCAACAAGCUGAAAAAGAAGAUGGAUAUCAGCUACCUUCAGUUUGAGGAGAUGAUCGACCGGCUGGAGAAAGGCAGCGGACAGCAGCCUGUGAGUCUUCCUGAAGCCAAACUGCUGCUGAAGGAAGACGAUGAGCUCAUCAAGGAGGUCUUCGACUACUGGAGCCGCAAGAGGAAAAACAGCAAAGCCAACUGUCUGAUCCCCACCGUCAAGCAGGAGAAACGGGACGGCUCCAGCACCGGCGACCCCUACGUGGCCUUUCGACGACGCACAGAGAAGAUGCAGACAAGGAAGAACCGUAAGAACGACGAGGCAUCCUAUGAGAAGAUGCUGAAGCUUCGCAGGGACCUGAGCCGAGCCGUCACCAUCCUGGAAAUGAUCAAGAGGAGGGAAAAGAGCAAGAGAGAGCUGCUACAUCUCACACUGGAGAUUGUAGAGAAGCGAAAUUCCAUGUCGGACUUUGGUGGAGAAAUCAUGGCAGAGGUUUUGGCUGAGCGGGCGCUGGUGAGGCCGCAGAUCAUUCCCCUGGUCCCUCUCACCAAUCAGUACCGACACCAGGACCACAUGGACUCCAAGGACUACAAGUCUAAGCCCGAGAAGGCAGAACUUCCGCGGCAAAAGAGGAAGUACGAGAAGAAGCCGAAGAUGUUGCCGUUGUCAUCGGGCGCGCCCCACCAUGCAGGUCCUGUUGUCUUCAAUGCUAAGGACCUGAACCAGUACGACUUUCCCAGCUCUGACGAUGAGCCCUUCUCCCAGCUCCACUCAGGCUCUUCGGAAGCGGAGGAGGAAAACGACCCCGAUGGAGCCUACGCUUUCCGCAGGAAGGCCGGCUGCCAGUACUUUGCUGCUCGUCCGGAUCUGGUGGGUAGUUGGCCAUGGAGCGGUCCUUGGGAGGGCGGUUUGGCAGAAGCUCGCUUUCGUUACAGUCUCACUACAGUGACUGUGCCGCGCCGAUGUUUGGGCAUGGCGAGGCGGCGUGCGGGGCGAGGCGGCAGGGUCUUACUGGACAGGGCGUACACGGACAACGAUGACAUGUUCCACGAACUUGACCCGGAGACUCUCAACCUCCCGCCACCGGCUUUUCCUUCUCCUCCUCCUCCUUCAGUGACUUCCCGCUCACUGGCGCCCAACACGUUUGCCAGUACCUCAGAAAUAAAUACCUCGGACAGAAGUUCCCCCUCCUCCAACAACUCCUCCGUUCCCCUGAACUCUACUCCUUCCUCCACGGACCUCAGCCAGAUACUGUCUAAUAUAAAGUCCUGCCGCUGGAGGCACUUUAGACCACGGACACUACCACUACAUGAGCUGGACAACGCCCACCCUCUGUUCAGGAGGCUUAGUCGAGGCGUGAAGCGCCCGCUCUCUGCGUCAUCUGGGGGACAACCGUUUGGAGUGAAGCGCCCGGCGAGGGUUGUCCCUGCUCCCACACCCGUUCCUGCUUUCACAGCAGAACAGUACCAGCAGCAUCAGGAUCAGCUGUCCUUGAUGCACAAACAGCAGCUGGAGCAGAUCCAGCAGCAGCACCAAGCCAACAGCACACAGAGCCUGGCGAGCACGUUGGACCAGGCCAGUGCUCAGUUCGCCGCCUCGGCCCUCGUCACCACCGAACAACUGCUGGCUCUGAAAACCAAGGACGAGCUGGGCCUGGGGGGCGGAGUCAACGGCGUCCUCUCCUCAGGUGUCUACAAAGGGAUGCCGCUCUCGAGCACAACGUCCCCCGCUGCCCCGGCUCCUCCCACCACGACCCAGACGCCCGCCUUGCUCCACCCGUGCUCCACCACCCUGAGCUCCGCCACCAGUAACAACGGCACAGCCCAUCCCGCCAACGCCGCCGCCACUCAGGUCCUGCUUGGAAACAACAGCCUCCGUCUGGGAAUCCCCACUGGCAAGCGCAUCCACGCCCCCCGCACGCUGAGCACCACCAUGUCAACAUCCGCCUUAAAGCUCGCCCACGCAGCAACCGCCAACUGUCAGAAACCCAAGGUGGCCACGGCCUCCGCCUCUCCGCUGGACAUGGUGCCCAGGGAGAAUCUCGAACAAGACAAGCCAGCACUGAACAGUCUGUCAGAGAACACAGUGGCCAUGGAGGUCACGUAGCCUCCGGCUGACGGCUGCGAGGGAAACGUCACCCGUCGUCGUCGUUUUUCUUUACUUUCUUUUCUUCUUUUUUAGGUGCUAUGCAUCAUUUGUUAGUCGUGAAUGCAAGUGGUGGCUGAAUGAGCACGGCAAGGUUGGGUUUCCAUGGCAACCGUUUUGGGACUUAAUUGCAAUGCUCGUCUCGUACAAUUUUUUCUUCACCCCUCCCGUAUUUCCCUGUUUGUUACUGUUAAUAAGAGAUCGUCUGUAAAUUCUUAAUAUGGCAAUUUAUAUGUACAGUUCUGCAUAUUUGUAAUAUCCGCCCCCCAAGGCCCCCCUCGUUCUUGUAUAUAACAUUACUUGAAUACAGAAUUGUUCAUUUGUGAUGUUUUGCACUCGAGAUAUAAAGUAAAAAAAAAUAAAAUUAAAAGAGAAAACAACAAACUGCAACUGGUGAAAAUACGAGGAGUGAAAGUUGUUCCACAGAAAAUUGUUAGUCAUCACAUGCAUGGUGCAGAACCUGCUGUUGGAUCUAUUUAUUGUGCCGUGUUUACAAAAAAAAUAAUUUUUUCCUCAUUCAUGACAGUUUUUAGUUAAAGAAACUGUACCUCCCACCAACGCCCACACACGCAGGCAGGCCGCUAGACGAGAAGUUUGUUUGAAAGUCUCCACACAGCUCUUCCAUACAUCUUAUUCCCGAGACAAGUAACAAAACAAUUGGGAUGAAGACUUUCCCAGAACACCUUGCUGCUUCUGACGUAUCUAAGCACUAUAUGAUUUGUUUUCUCUAAUUGACUGAUGCUGCUUUUGUAUGAUUUGCGCCGUUUGGUUCUGCCAGACGGCCUCGUUUUCAGUUUUUCCUCCACGUCUCUCCUUGUCAUUUUUUUUUUUAAAUAAAUAUUUUUGUAUCACCCCUCUUUUUAUUUUAAAUUUGCUCAUGGAAGACUUCAUUCUUUGGUUACUUGUUGCUUUUAUUUAUUUAUAUAUAUAUAUAUAUAUAUAAAUAAAUAAAAAUGUGUGUAUAAGGGAGUAAAAAAAAAAUGCAGUAACUGACAUUUAUCAUUCCAGCCUCAAUGUAAAAACAAACAUGUAUGAAUUAAAAAGAAAUUAGACAUUUUCUCUACUUUAAAAAGAAGAAACCUAUCCUGAAGGCUGAAAGGCCACGAACCACACGCUAUCAGGUGCCUUCAUUUGAGAAAAAAUAAAAACCUAAAAAAAAAAAAAAAAAAAGCGCUCUCUUCUGUGAAGAGUUUGGUACCGAACAAGGCUACUUGUAGUUUUUCUUUGUCUGUACCACAAUCCCAAUGCCCAUUCCAGUGGCCCAGUUUCAUUCAUGACUCUUUGUUUUCUGUUUGUAUUUGUAGACCCAACCACCACACACAAAAAAGAAAUCUUUUUGAAUUGUCACAAAAUGAAAUAAAAAUCCAGGGCAUUA